AUGGUGCUAUUCAAGGACACUGCUGCUUGGGUUGUGCUUUUGUUUCUUUGUUCUGCUUGGCUCUCCACUGCACGGUUCAACCCUAAAGGUGCUGCAGUUAAUGAAAUCCCAGAUAUUAAGGCAAGUGUUGCAACUAGGGUUACAAAAAGUACUACAGUGAAAAGCCUGGCAGCAAUUACUGAAGGGAACUUGAGCAAAGCAAGUAUGAGUAAAUCUGGGAAGGUCAAGUCCUCCACUGCUGAAGCCAAAAGAAAUGCUAGAAAACGUUUGUCUUAUAAGGUUAAUGGGGGUCCCUUGACUUUUACUGCUGAUUAUUAUCGACCAGUGCACCAUCCACCUAAGAAUAACAAAUGA